AUGAUUCAAAUUGAUCCUACAAUUCGCACCAAGCCAAGAGGAAACCACCAGGACACCAGGAAAUCCUUCGCCAGCCAAAAGGGAGUGGCCUUGGUGCUUGGUCGAGGGUUCGAACGCCAAGAUCCGACGAGACGCGCAACGAGUUGGCGUGAGGCCUUUGAGUGCCCCAUGACAUUCGAAGAGCUUCAGGCAACGGCCUAUGGCGUCAUAGGGACCGACCACAUCGAGAAGGUGCAGAUCAAUGAAGCCUCCGACAUCCCCAAGUUCGUGGCCAUCAAGACAAAGACCCGGUUUGAGGAGAAGGUCAUCAAGUUCCGCUUGCCGGAGCGAGCUGUGCCAGCGACCUUCCAACCGAAGAAAACGAAAGUCUUGGUCAAGGGAAAGCCCUGUGGGAAGUUCUUCGGCGAGUGCGAAGUCAGCACCCGCACAGUGGAAUUCUCAAUCAAGCUCUUUGACUGUGGACAUUUCUACAUGAAGCAAACCUUGCCUGGAUCAGGGGCAUCACCCUACUGGGUGAUUUUCGAAGGGACCUGGCAGACCACAGAACGAGGUUUAGCCUUUGAGUACCUGUUCCGAUACUCAUGGCAGGUGGCCAAGACCCGUUUGAUGCCCGAUUUCGCCCUGGAGGCCGUGCCGAAGAACCACAGGAGUCGCUUGGCAUGGUGCGGCGAGAUCCCAGAGCAACAGCUCAAUGGAAAUGUGCCCGCCAUCGUGGGUGAGGACCCCUUCUGCUGGAUCGAGGUUUGUCGGGAGCCUGAUGUCGUGGAACGAGGAAAGGCUCGUUUCAAUGAGGAUGACGAUGACAUCAAGCCGCCCCGAGAGGAGGAGACUUCUCAAACAGCGACGACGCGGCGGCGGGUCGACCGCUCGGAGGCCAAAGAUCUUCCGAAGCCCGCUUCACCACAAGUCGAGAAGGAAGACGAGGAGCCAAUAUGGCCUCUCUACGCCAUCGUGGUGAUCUUCCUCCUCCUGUUGGCCUUUUGUUGUCGCGCUGCCUGGUUGGACAAAACGGCACUUCGCUGA